CGAAAGCUGAAGUUCCUCCACUAUGAUCGUAGGAACUUCUUCUACGCGUAUAUGAAUGAAAUUGAAAAGUAACUACUAGUAGUACUAGUACACACGACACCAUCCAGCAUACUACUGUGAAGAGCAACAGCACAUCAAAAGAACACAUCCCGAAAACAAAAUGGCGCCGAAAAAGAAGAGAGACAAGAAUGGCGCCGAGGAAAAAGUAAAGCCGUCCUUCACCACCUUCGUUCGGCUACACGGGACUCUCGACGGUGAUUCUGAAAACUUGUCAAUCAAAGAAUCACGGGAAGAGUCUCUUGAUGGAGGACGAAGCACGAGUAAAUCCAGGUCAAAAUCUCCGUCGCCGAAAAAGCACACGAAAAAGGCGAAUUCGGUAUCCACUGCAUGAAGGCGCAGCGCGCGGCGCGCGGCGGCGUUGAAGCCGGUGCAGCAACCGGUGCAGCCGGAGGGCUCGGUCUACCCCGGUCCGUCGGCGUUUUUCCUGUGCAAUCCGAAGCUCGGUCUGGCCCAGUACAUCGUGAAAACCGAAUUGCAGAAACUGGUGGACUAUCCCUUGCAAAAGUAUCGUCCUAGUAGAAAUCCAAAUCGCGUUGAAAAUUCGGUCAGCAUAUAUGGAAUUUGUGAUGCUGAUUUCACUUCACAUACAUACGAGUGCGAUCCUUUUGCAAUGCAUAUCGAUGGUUCCGACGCAUCCUCGGAGAUGAAAGUGAAGCUCUUGGAGAUUAUGGAGAAGGUCGCGAAAAUCUGAUGAGGCUGGUUUCAGGAGUGAGUAGAACGAAGCUUCGGCUUCGUUUUAUGGGAACUAGGGCUUUCUUCACACCUUCGACAUCCAAGAACAGCAAGAGUUUCAGCAAGUAUUAAAUGGGAGACUUUAUUACUAGCAACCAGGAAUGUUUGAGCGAGUUAUGAGCAGACUGUAACAGUGAAUUGACCUGUACGCUCUUGUUCUUUCUAGUGCGUUUAGAAUGUGAAUCUUCGUUUUUUGUAAACAAUCAAUUCAAAAUCAGAGAUAUAGCAAAACUUGUUCUAGAUUUACAUCCACCUAGCCUCGCGUAUUCAGCAGUUGAGUUUUCUAUUCGAAACUGUACAGAAGCAAAAAAAUCAAGGCACUACAAUCAAAAUUAAUUUCAGUAUUCUUCUUCAGACAGUUUGUUAUCUUAUGGCCAGCUAUGUAUCGCUACGAAAAGAAUAGAGAAAAACAAUACAAAAAUUGGACGCUCACUGUACAUCUAAGAACGUUGAUGGAUAUAGUCCCGCGCUUUCAGCAUCACCGCCGCUUUUUCAACGCCGAGCGUAUACUUAGAUUCUUGAAUGACAAACGGAUAGGAAAAAACUUUAUCUCAAC